UUUUAUCAACUAAUUUUUGUACUGCCGAAUUCUUGUAAUUUAAAAAAAAAAAACUUCGUAAAGAAUAAGACAUUUUUAACUUUUAAGUAUCAUUUGUGCAAAAUGUCGUGAUUUCAAAUCUGUGUACUCCCUGCAAAAAUGAAAUGGCGACUAAUUUUGACUGUGUUGUUCGCAAUCUUUCUGGUAGUAGAACUCACUACCCAAGAUCCGUAUGCCGUUCUCGGCAUAUCAAAGACCGCAUCUUUAGCCGAAAUAAAAAAUUCCUAUAGAAGCUUGGUGAAGAUAUGGUAUACUUCAAUAAAUAUUCAAUACUUUUAUGGUAAUUUUAAAUUCUAUUCAAUUUUUCUGUUUGUUUUAGGCAUCCGGAUAAGAGUAAUCAUCCAGAAGCCGCCACUAAAUUCAUUGAAAUUACAAUAGCUUAUGAAGUAAAUAAUUUGUCACAUACAUUUCAUUCAAAAUUAAAAUAUUGUAUAUGACGUGUAUGUGUUCAUUUGUUAGGCAUUGACCAAAAAAUACAAGCCAGAGAAUUAUGAUGCACCCACCAAUAGUUUCAACAAUCAUAAUUAUAAUCAUUUUUUUGAUUUUGACAUGGACAACUUUUUUGAUAGCUUGCAUCAUCAAAUGAAUUUAGAUUUCUUUAGGAAAUUACAAAUAAAUUUUGAGUAAGUUAAUUUGUAAAUCAUUUAUUUCUAAUGAGAGUGCAUAAUUUUAUUUUUAUUCCUACAGUGAAUUUAAUACAAUACUGUCAACAAAGAAAAGUGAUAAGCUUACUCUAGUACUGUUUUAUUCUGAAUAUUCUAUGACUUUUCUUAAAGGACAAUCUAUUCUUAAAAAUAUUAUUGAAGAUAUUGUGCCAUUAGGUAUUUUCGUCUUAAGUUUAUAAAGUUGUCUAUAAUAAAACAAAUUGUGCUAAACUAACCUAAUUUUCAGGUGUUGAUUUUAAAACAAUGAAUAAAGACAUGGAACCUUCAGCAUUUUGGAGAGCUAAUGGAGUUUUUGUUCCUCAUUUAGUAUCAAUUUUGGAUUCAAAUCUCAUAGUUUAUAAGGAAGCCUUUCAUAAUGUUGACAGUGUCAUAGGUAAAUACUUUUAACAAAAUAUCCCUACAUAAUAUAUUUUGAUAACAUUUGUUAUUUAGAGUUUGUACGGAACAGUUUGCCAGACAAUCUUGUACCAGAGUACACUGAUCUUAAUGUCGAUCAAUUUUUAAAUUCAUGGUCAGCUGACAAUUGUGUACGAGCAUUAGUUAUGCAACCUGAAUCACCAUUAAGAGUACGUUAUGCUUUAAUUGCAAUCGAGUAUCGAAAUCAUAUUAAUUUUGGGUAAUAUUUUUAUUAAUUUUACAACAAAAUAUAAAUUCUUCCAUGUGUAAUUUUUAUGAUUUUAAUUCAAUGAUUAUUUGUUAUUUUAGAUUUAUUAAUAUUGGACUUUAUGAAUGUCAGUCAACACGAGACCGGUAUAAAGUACCGCAUGAUAAAGAUACUCUUUUGAUAUUGAAAGAAAAUGUUAGACAUCCAGCUGCACACUUGUCAAUGUCUUACUUACCAAUAUUUGGUUUACGUGGAAUAAUGGAAACUAAUAAAUAUUUAACAUUACCCAGGCUAUCUUCACAAGAUGUAUUUGAUACGCUUUGUCCAGUGGGUCAGAAACAUUUUUGUCUUGUAUUGGUUUCACACAACUCUCCUAAUCAUGAUGCUCAUCGGAAAUCUAUCCGACGCUUUGCCCUAGAAGCACAUUCAAUUUAUCCAGAUGUGCGAAUAACCUUCUUGUAUGUGUUCAGAGAAAGGCAGCCACACUUUGUAAAUUCUUUAAUACAGGGCAAAGAAAGUCCAAGUGAACCAAUGCUUCAUAUAGUACUAUUGACUAGGCUCAAUAAAAUCAUGGUCAGCUAUAAAUGGCUUUUGGGAGAUGAUUAUAACGAUUGGGCGAAUUAUGAUCAGACUAAAGUAAUAUAAACUUCAACUGCUUUAUUAGAUUUUUUUUUUUAUGGUAUUCUGUUUAUUAGGAAAGAUUAACUGGAGUAUUAAACUCGUUGCUUGAUAGUGAAGCAGCAUGGUCACUAAAUAAUAAAGUUCAUAUUGGUGUUGUGUUAGAUGAACAUAGUCAAAGUUUAUUAUCACGCAUUGGUGCUAGAGCUCAACAACACCUUAUUAAUUUAUUUUACACUAUGGUCAAUAUUUUCAUAAACAAUGGGAUAUUUUUGUUGUAUACUGUGUUCUUAAUGAUUGGAGUUGUGUUGAUUAUGUAUUUUUUUUAUUCUCUACUGUAUGUUUAAAAAUAUUUUCUUUUAUAAUAGCAUUAUUAUUAAUUUAUUUUAAAUUUUAUAGAGAAGAUGAGAUAAAAGAAAUUAAAGUAGAACCAAAAAAACCAAAAUCAUCAUCCCAAUUACAAAGACAUCGUGAACUUAAACUUCAUGAACUAAGAGCUGAAACUUAUAAUGGACUGGUUCGCCUCAUAAAACCUGGUUGUCGCACCAUAAUACUACUGAUAGACAAUAAUACUGCUGUUUUGCUUGCCCAACAGUUUUACCACAUUAUGUGGCCAUUUAGAAAGUAAUGUGUCACCAUUAUUCAUUACAAUAAUCAAUAUAAGAUUUUUUUUUACUAAUUUUGGUAUAUAAUAUGAUUGAUGACUCUGUUUAAGGAAUAAGUCAUUAUUGUUUGGGUACUUAAACCUUGAUCGUACUCCAUCAAGAGAUUGGUAUUGUAAUUUAUUGUCACUUAGCCUUACAGAUACAAACAAAAGCAUACAUAUAAAUACCCGAAACUGUGUGGGUACAGUAUUGUCUUUGUGUUCACUGAAAAAAUAUUAUUGCAUGUAUCAUGCUAAGCAUCCUGAAUCUUCAAGAUAUGUAAGUAAAUAUAACUUUUUAUUUUUAAGAAGAUAAUGACAUUUGUGUAUGCACAAUUUAUUUUGUCUGUGCCAUGAACAUUGUUCCCAUAUAGUUGUCAGUUUUAAUAACGGGAAAUAUCACCUAGUCACAGGAUGAAAUCAAUUUAAUACAAUAAAGUAUACUUGUGUAAUACCAAUAAACAAUAUAGAAUAGACAAUCAAUCAGCUGAUCGACUUUUGUUUACUUGUGAUCUGAAGUCUGAAUUAAUAAUAAAUGUUUGUUUCCCCUCGAGGUCAACCAUUUAUUUAACACAGGAAGAUGGAGUGUUCAUAGCCUGGUAAUACUGUGCUAAUAUUUAAUUAGUCUGGGACAAAUUUAACAAACAAAACUAGAUUUUUUGAGUACCUUCAAACAGAGAGAGCUUGGCUUUUUCAAACUACUAGUACCACAUUUAGCUAUUAAAGAUAGUGUAAAUGAGGUUAUUAUUUUGUCUACAAAAACCAGUCAGGAGAAUUGUUUACAAUUUAAUAGUUUUAUUAAAUGUUUUAAGAUAAAAUUUGAUUUAAUAAUUUUAUUGACAAACAAUCAGCAAUUAAGGAGUGAAUAUUUAAGAGGUAAGACAGAGUGGUAUGGUGGCACCAAAAAAAAAGUGACAGUUCAAAAACAAAGAAAAUAUAACUAUGAAAUUAGUUUGGGUGUUUGAAGAAAAUGUAUGGUCAAGCAAAUUUUGAAACCGAGUACUAGUGGCCUGAGGCGGGGUUAGGAUUUUUUUUCUGGGUGGGUUACUGAUUUAUAGUGAGGGCCAAAAGUGUAAGGCGUUACCUAUUGCCUAUAAAAUAGUUACAAUAAAUUACAGGUUAUUACAAAAAAGUUAAAUAUAUAUAUUUUUGGACCUGGAUAUUUAAAAAUGUAAUAUAAAAACAAAAAUCUAAUUAUGGAAGUUUUAAGAAUAUUUUCUUGUACUGACUUAUUGUCUAGUGAUAAAUAAUAUAAGAAAGAUAGAACCAAAAGUUAUGCUAAAGUAGCAAAUCAUCAGCUAAAUUUAUAAAUUGCUGUUUACAAUCCUACAUUGGUGGAUAUUUAUUUCAUGUCUUAGAAAAUUUCAGUGGUUGAGAUGUUUUCCUUGUUCAAUUGAAAAGAGCCCACCAAAAAAAAAAAAAAUAUUAACGUCAGCAAUCAAAUUUUUAAACUAGUUUGCGGCUAUAAUAAUAUUAAUAGAACCAUUUUAAGAGGUAUAUCUUAUUAUUUUUUCAAAUAAUGUCUGUCUGAUGGUAUGGUAGGUAUAUUUUUUUGUAAAAUAAUAUUUCUAUUGUGUAGGUAUGGUUUCAGUAUUAUGAAUUCGUACAGAUGGGCUGGGAUGAUUUUAGGCAGGGUCAUAACUUACCUUGGCAACGCCACUAGAGAUGGUUAAACUCUAUGUUGAGAACCAUUAUGACCAAAUAAUAUGUGUAUUAAAUAAUGUACAUAUUUUAUAAAUGUCUAUAAUUAAAAUUAUGUUUGUUAAUUGAAAUUGAAUACUCUUACUCAUUUUUUAUUAAUUUAAAAUAUACUUUACAUUAAUCUUUUUUGUAUAAAUAACGAGUGAUGUAUUUAAAAGCCGGUUUAAAUUUAAUGUAAAAUGUAAAUUCUUUUAUAUGCAAUUUUUUAUUUACUAAUUGCAUGUUUUUAAUUUAAUACUUUUUAUCAUUUUACAAAACUUGUGCUAUUAGUCGUAAACUCAUAUAUAUAUAUAAUGUAUAAUUCAAUAUCAUACAAUUAUUAAUGAAACAAAUUAAUGUUAGGAAGACAAUAAGAUAUGGUAAUUGUAAAUUGAGGAGACCUAACCUGCAAAGAAAAGCACAAUUCAACAUUAGAAGCACUCUAUGGAGUAAUGAUUAAAAUUAAACAAAAUAUUACUAUCAGUGGUUGAAAAUCAUUAUUUUCAAUUUAUUGUGCUAAUAUUAUUGCCAUAUUUUUCCAAAAAGAAUUUCCCUAGUUCUUUACACGAGGGACUUUUUUAAUUAAAAAUUGGAAAUUUUGUUAUCUCCAGUUUUUGAUUAGGUACUAACAAUUUUAUUACAUUUGACAUCUGAUAUAAGAAAAAUAAAUGCUUACAUUAUUAUAAAAACUAAAAUAGUAUAACUAUUAUUUUUAUUUAGUAUUUCAUUAAAUUCACAAUUAUAUUUAUGGUAAAAUAUAGCUGUUUUUCUAUGUAAAAUGUAGUGUUCAUGAAUUAUAUCUAAAGCUGCACAUUACUCAUAUUGCUACAAAAAAGAUAGUGUCGCUAAAAAUAAAGCACUGCUUCCAAUCACUGAUAAUACUGCGUUGGGCUAUAUGCAUAAGCAUCAAUUAUUUGAUUGCUACCAUUAGGUGGUGGAAAAACUAGUCUUCACAUUUGUGACAAAUAUAUAAUUUCUGUAGUCUCUAACAGUGAUGUUAAUUUUUAUUCAAGAAUGCAAUAGUAUAAUUUUGUUUACAGAAAAAUGACAAAUGUAGAAGAAUUGGUACAAAGCCGCCAAAGAAUGGUGUAGAAUUUUGGGGUUUUAAUGAAGACCACGAAGAUAACAGUUUUGACGAAGACGAAGAAAAUACUGCGGGUUUUAAACCAAUUUUAAAGGUGAAAAAAAAAAUUGGAGAAUACCAAACAUUAAUUUAGUAAAAUAUCCGUAAUAUAAUCCAAAUGGUUUAAUGUGUAUAGGAUAAAGAAGAAGAUAUCCGAACCGAACAAUUAUUAGACGGAUUACCAAUGUGGCUCGAUAGACUAUUUGAAGGCAGUACAACAAGAUAUCAUAUAAAUUACUGGCCUGAUUUUAAAGUGUAAAAACAAAAUUUGUUUUUAUUAAUCACCCAAAAUUUCAGUUUUGUAUCAAUUGUUUUACUAUAUUAUUCUAGUCAAAAAUGCAUUCAAUGACAUAAUGGUUAUAAUGUUGCUCGCUUUUUUUAAGUUUAAGCUUAUUGGUUGUUUUUCCUUUUUUUCCCUUUGUAUUAUAUUACUGUGGUUUUUUAUAUUUGUCAAUUUUCAAAACCACUAAGUAUUAAAUUAUUGACUUUGUUUUUAAUUAUUAAAAAGAUUAAAUAUUUCAUAUAUUUGUCAGCAACAACAGUCCCUUUUAUUUUCACAAAAUAUAUAAUAAAGUAAAAAGAGACAAGAUGAUUAUUUCUUGAAACCACAUCCACGCCUCCUACCACGAGCACGUUCAAACUUACGUCCCUUAGAACGUACGUAUGGUUUUGAAUGACUGUGCGGCACACCAGGAGCUGGACCGAAAUGUCUACAUGCUUCUCGAGCCUUGCGUUUUCCUAAAA